AUGACAGAAGGUGGAUUUGGUGUGGGAGAUUUUGUGGCAUUUGGACUUCUCUGCGCAACAUCAUGUGCAGGUGGAGUAUGGUACAGUGCAAUUGGCUCACGGACCAAAGCCGUGGUCGACGUAAGAGAUUACUUGCUAGGAGGAAGAACAAUGUCCACAUUCCCUGUGGCCAUGUCACUUAUAGCCAGUUAUGUGUCGGGUGUAACGAUACUGGGCACACCAGCAGAGAUCUACAACUACGGCACCCAGUACUGGCUGGUCGUAGUCGGGGUGACGUUGAGCUGCAUUCUGGUGGCGUCGGUUUACUUACCAGUGUUUUGCACCUUAAGGCUUUCCUCUUCUUAUGAGUAUUUGGAGUUGCGAUUCAAUCGACACGUUCGUGCCCUGGCCUCUGUUCUGUUUUUAUUGGACGAGGUAUUGUUUCUACCUAUGAUCGUUUACGUCCCUGCUUUAGCAUUUAAUCAAUUGACAGGAUUUAAUGUUUUUGCCGUCGGUGGCGUUAUGGUCGCAAUAUGUGGGCUUUACACGGCUUUAGGAGGUCUCCGUGCAGUAGUUUGGACGGAUUCGGUGCAGACCGGCGUGAUGUUCAUCGGCGUGGUGCUGGUGGCAGCCGCUGGGACGAUUGCCGUGGGUGGUUUCCGGACCGUGUUUAACGUGGCCAGUGAAUCAGGAAGACUGGAUUUGAAUAACUGGAACUUUUCACCUUAUGAACGACAGAGCGGUUGGGGCGCGGUGGUGGGCGGCUUUCUGUACUGGACCUGCUUUAAUUCCGUCAACCAGACUAUGGUACAGCGGUAUAUCGCGUUGCCCUCCAAGAAAAAGGCCAUCGCAGCGUUAGCAAUAUUUUGUGCCGGUGCGGUCUUAGCAAUAACGCUAUGCGUGUGGUGUGGACUGGCUGCAUGGACAGCGUGGGUGCGCGGUGGUUGCGCCGAGUCCGGCAAGCCUAUAGUGGACGACAGGCUGCUGCCAGCAUUCGUCACCUACGUGGCCAAAGUGCAGCACCUGCCUGGAUUGGCCGGUGUAUUCCUCGCGGGUGUAUUUGGAGCUGGAUUAAGUUCACUGUCGGCGGUGCUGAACGCAUGUGCUCUCGUGGCGGUGGAGGACAUCAUGCACGGCUGGCUGCGACUGCGGCUCCAGCCGCUGACGGAGGGCAUCCUGGCGCGCUUGUUCACCGCCACCCUGGCCAUCGUGUCGCUUGUCAUGCUCAUCGUUAUCGAGAAACUCGGCGGUGUACUAGGUGUGGCGACGGCGCUGUCGGCGAUUGCGGCGAGCGCGACGUGCGGCAUGUUCACGCUGGGCAUGGCGUGCUGGUGGGUGGGCCCGCGCGGCGCGGCGGCGGGCGCGGUGGCGGGCGCGCUGAUGGCCGGCGCGACGGCGCUCGGCACGCAGGCGGCCGCCGGGCGAGGCCUGCGCGCUCCCCCGCGACCUUACACCCUGCAGUGCAUCAACGCAACCUACGAACCCGCAGUAUCGAUCGAUCCCGAAACGAUCUUUCCCCUGUUCCGCAUAUCGUACCACUGGAUCGCGCCAUUGGGAUUGCUAGCGACUCUUUCUGUUGGCGCGCUGGUUGGCUGGUUCUUCGACAAGCAACACGACAUCAAAAUGGACGCGGAACUGUUCACACCAGCGAUAUGGCGUUUCUUGCCGAGUGAAGCGCACCAACACGCCGGUGUAACGCGGCGGAAUCUAGUCAACAAGACAGCGGAUUCACCAGCGCCCUCAUCACCUCUCAUUAUAGGACGGGGUGUUGAUAAGAUUGAAAUGAACGGUGAACCUAGCAGAUGA